CGACACCGUCACCCAGGGACGCCGAGUCGUGGGCGGGAGGGGGGUUGGGGGCGAGAUCAGGCUCCGACCCCCGGCCGAGGGGAUGAGGGGAGCAUGGGCGCCAAGGAGUCACGGAUCGGAUUCCUCAGCUACGAGGAGGCGCUGAGGAGAGUUACAGAUGUAGAGCUGAAACGACUGAAAGAUGCCUUUAAGAGGACCUGUGGGCUCUCAUACUAUAUGGGCCAGCACUGCUUCAUCAGGGAAGUGCUUGGGGAUGGAGUGCCUCCCAAAGUUGCUGAGGUGAUUUACUGUUCUUUUGGUGGAACAUCCAAAGGACUGCACUUCAAUAACUUAAUAGUUGGACUUGUCCUUCUUACAAGAGGCAGAGAUGAAGAGAAAGCAAAAUACAUUUUUAGUCUUUUUGCAAGUGAAUCUGGGAGUUAUGUUGUACGGGAAGAAAUGGAAAGAAUGCUCCAUGUGGUGGAUGGUAAAGUCCCAGAUACACUCAGGAAGUGUUUCUCAGAGGGUGAAAAGGUAAACUAUGAAAAGUUUAGAAAUUGGCUUCUUCUAAACAAAGAUGCUUUUACCUUCUCUCGUUGGCUACUAUCUGGAGGUGUUUAUGUGACCCUCACUGAUGAUAGUGAUACUCCCACUUUCUACCAAACUCUAGCUGGAGUCACACAUUAUGAAAAGCCAGAUGAAGAGAUACAUAGGGCAAGUCUGGAAGGGUCCCAAGCACAGGAGCUGGGAUGCGCCAAUCCUUCUGGCAUGUGGAUAUGUUCAUCCAACCAGAAGCUCUCCAAAGCCCAUACUUUUGGGAUUUUUAUGGAGGCCUCAUCACAUAUAGUGGAGGAAUCAGACAUCAUUGAUCUGGAGAAACGCUACUGGUUGCUAAAGGCUCAAUCCCGGACUGGACGGUUUGACCUAGAGACAUUUGGCCCAUUGGUUUCACCACCCAUUCGUCCAUCUCUAAGUGAAGGUUUGUUCAAUGCUUUUGAUGAAAAUCGUGACAAUCAUAUAGAUUUUAAGGAGAUAUCUUGUGGGUUAUCAGCCUGUUGCAGGGGACCCCUGGCUGAAAGACAAAAAUUUUGCUUCAAGGUGUUUGAUGUUGACCGUGAUGGAGUUCUCUCCAGGGUUGAACUGAGAGACAUGGUGGUUGCACUUUUAGAGGUGUGGAAGGACAACCGCACAGAUGAUAUCCCGGAGUUACAUACGGAUCUAUCUGACAUUGUAGAAGGCAUAUUAAAUGCACAUGACACCACAAAGAUGGGCCAUCUUACUCUAGAAGACUAUCAGAUCUGGAGUGUGAAAAAUGUUCUUGCCAAUGAAUUUUUGAAUCUGCUUUUCCAGGUAUGUCACAUAGUUCUGGGGUUAAGACCAGCCACUCCAGAAGAGGAAGGACAAAUUAUUAGAGGAUGGUUAGAACGAGAGAGCAGGUAUGGUCUGCAACCAGGACACAAUUGGUUUAUCAUCUCCAUGCAGUGGUGGCAGCAGUGGAAAGAAUAUGUCAAAUAUGAUGCCAGCCCUGUUGUAAUUGAGCCAUCAUCUGUUCUGAAUGGAGGAAAAUACUCAUUUGGAACAGCAGUACAUUGUAUAGAGCAGAGUGAAGAUAGAAUUGGAGGAGGCAGCCUCACUUACGUGAAUACCACAGAAGAGAAAUUUUCAGACAACAUUUCUUCUGCAUCUGAAGCCUCAGAAACUGCUGGCAGUGGCUUUCUGUAUUCUGCCACACCAGGGGCAGAUAUGUGCUUUGCCCGACAACAUAACACGUCUGACAAUAAUAACCAGUGUUUGCUAGGAGCCAAUGGGAAUAUUUUGUUGCAUCUCAAUCCUCAGAAACCAGGGGCUAUUGAUAACCAGCCACUAGUAACUCAAGAACCUGUAAAGGCUACAUCAUUAACACUAGAAGGAGGACGAUUAAAACGAACGCCACAGCUGAUCCAUGGAAGAGAUUAUGAAAUGGUCCCAGAACCUGUGUGGAGAGCGCUUUAUCACUGGUAUGGAGCAAAUCUGGCUCUACCCAGACCUGUGAUCAAGAAUAGCAAGACAGAAAUCCCAGAGCUGGAGUUAUUUCCUCGAUAUCUUCUCUUUCUAAGACAGCAGCCUGCCACUCGGACACAGCAGUCUAACAUCUGGGUGAAUAUGGGUAUGAUGAGCCUGAGAAUGUUUCCUCAGCAUUUACCAAGAGGAAAUGUACCUUCUCCGAAUGCGCCAUUAAAGCGGGUCUUAGCCUAUACAGGCUGUUUUAGUCGAAUGCAGACCAUCAAGGAAAUUCAUGAAUAUCUGUCUCAAAGGCUACGCAUCAAAGAGGAAGAUAUGCGCCUGUGGCUCUACAACAGUGAGAAUUACCUUACUCUUCUGGAUGAUGAGGAUCAUAGAUUGGAAUAUUUGAAAAUCCAAGAUGAGCAGCAUCUGGUUAUUGAAGUUCGCAACAAAGAUAUGAGUUGGCCUGAGGAAAUGUCCUUUAUAGCAAACAGUAGUAAAAUAGAUAGACACAAGGUUCCCACAGAAAAAGGAGCCACUGGUCUGAGUAACCUGGGAAACACUUGCUUCAUGAACUCAAGCAUCCAGUGUGUUAGUAACACACAGCCACUGACACAGUAUUUUAUCUCAGGGAGACAUCUUUAUGAACUCAACAGGACAAAUCCCAUUGGUAUGAAGGGGCAUAUGGCUAAAUGCUAUGGGGAUUUAGUACAGGAACUUUGGAGUGGAACUCAGAAGAAUGUUGCCCCAUUAAAGCUUCGGUGGACCAUAGCAAAAUAUGCUCCCAGGUUUAAUGGGUUCCAGCAACAAGACUCCCAAGAACUUCUGGCUUUUCUCUUGGAUGGUCUUCAUGAGGAUCUCAACCGAGUCCAUGAGAAGCCAUAUGUGGAACUGAAGGACAGCGAUGGCCGACCAGACUGGGAAGUAGCUGCAGAGGCCUGGGACAACCAUCUGAGAAGGAAUAGAUCAAUUGUUGUGGAUUUGUUCCAUGGGCAGCUGAGGUCCCAAGUCAGAUGCAAGACAUGUGGGCAUAUAAGUGUCCGAUUUGACCCUUUCAAUUUUUUGUCUUUACCACUCCCAAUGGACAGUUAUAUGCACUUAGAAAUAACAGUUAUUAAGCUGGAUGGUACUACCCCUGUACGAUAUGGACUACGACUGAAUAUGGAUGAAAAGUACACGGGAUUAAAAAAACAGCUGAGCGAUCUCUGUGGGCUUAAAUCAGAACAAAUCCUUCUUGCAGAAGUACAUGGUUCCAACAUAAAGAAUUUCCCUCAGGACAACCAAAAAGUACGACUCUCAGUAAGUGGAUUUUUGUGUGCAUUUGAAAUCCCCAUUCCUGGAUCUCCGAUUUCAGCUUCUAGUCCAAUACAGACAGAUUUCUCCUCUUCCCCAUCUACAAAUGGAAUGUUCACUCUAACCACCAAUGGGGACUUGCCCCGACCAAUAUUCAUACCCAAUGGAAUGCCAAACACUGUUGUGCCAUGUGGAACUGAGAAAAACUUCACAAAUGGAAUGGUGAAUGGUCAUAUGCCAUCUCUUCCUGACAAUUCCUUUACAGGCUACAUCAUUGCAGUCCACCGAAAAAUGAUGAGGACAGAACUGUAUUUCCUUUCAUCUCAGAAGAAUCGCCCCAGCCUCUUUGGAAUGCCACUGAUUGUUCCAUGUACGGUGCAUACCCGGAAGAAGGACUUGUAUGAUGCGGUUUGGAUUCAAGUGUCUCGAUUAGCCAGCCCACUCCCACCUCAGGAAGCCAGUAACCAUGCUCAGGAUUGUGAUGACAGUAUGGGCUAUCAAUAUCCCUUCACUCUACGAGUUGUGCAGAAAGAUGGAAACUCCUGUGCUUGGUGCCCAUGGUAUAGAUUUUGCAGAGGCUGUAAAAUUGAUUGUGGGGAAGACCGAGCUUUCAUCGGAAAUGCCUGUAUUGCUGUGGAUUGGGACCCCACAGCUCUUCACCUCCGCUAUCAAACAUCACAGGAAAGGGUUGUCGAUGAGCAUGAGAGUGUGGAACAGAGUCGACAAGCACAAGCUGAGCCCAUCAACCUGGACAGCUGUCUCCGUGCUUUCACCAGUGAGGAGGAGCUAGGGGAAAAUGAGAUGUACUACUGUUCCAAGUGUAAGACCCACUGCUUGGCAACCAAGAAGCUGGAUCUCUGGAGGCUUCCCCCAAUCCUGAUUAUUCACCUUAAACGAUUUCAAUUUGUAAAUGGUCGAUGGAUAAAGUCACAGAAAAUUGUUAAAUUUCCUCGUGAAAGUUUUGACCCGAGUGCUUUUUUGGUACCAAGAGACCCGGCUCUCUGUCAGCGUAAACCACUCACACCCCAGGGGGAUGACCUCUCUGAGCCCAGGGUUCCGGGAGGAGACGUGAAGAAAGUGGAUGCUCAGAAUUCAGCUGGGGAAGAGGAGGUGCUCCUAAGCAAGAGCCCAUCUUCACUCAGUGCAAACAUCAUCAGUAGCCCUAAAGGUUCACCUUCUUCAACAAGAAAAAGUGGAACCAGCUGUCCCUCCAGCAAAAAUAGCAGCCCUAACAGUAGCCCUAGGACUUUAGGGAGGAGCAAAGGGAGGCUCCGGCUACCCCAGAUCGGCAGCAAAAAUAAACUGUCAAGUAGUAAGGAGAACUUGGAUGCCAGCAGAGAGAAUGGGGCUGGACAAGUUUGUGAGCUGGCUGAUGCCUCAAGCCGAGGGCACAUGCUGGGGGGCAGCCAAACUGAGCUGGUCACCCCUCAGGACCAUGAAGGAGCUCUGGCCAAUGGAUUUCUUUAUGAUCAUGAGGCAUGUGGCAAUGGCUACAGCAAUGGUCAGCUUGAAAACCACAGUGAAGAAGACAGCACUGAUGACCAAAGAGAAGAUGUUCGUGUUAAGCCUAUUUAUAAUCUAUAUGCAAUUUCGUGCCAUUCAGGAAUUCUGGGCGGGGGCCAUUAUGUCACUUAUGCCAAAAACCCAAACAGCAAGUGGUACUGUUAUAAUGACAGCAGCUGUAAGGAACUUCACCCAGAUGAAAUUGACACCGACUCUGCCUACAUUCUUUUCUAUGAGCAGCAGGGGAUAGACUAUGCACAAUUUCUGCCAAAGAUCGAUGGCAAAAAGAUGGCAGACACGAGCAGCAUGGAUGAAGACUUUGAGUCUGAUUACAAAAAGUACUGUGUGUUACAGUAGAGCUUCCACUCUGGCUGCUAGGCAGGCUAGUGGUGAGGGGGACGGCUCCCUGUAGCUGACAUUUGGCAGAAGCGUCGCUGAAAGGCAAGCUAAAUGUAGUUAUUUUAUCCUGUGACCCUGAAGCACAAAAUAAAAAUCCUAAUUAAAAUAGCAGUUAACAUAACAGUAGUAAUACUUUGGUUUGGAAGUGUCUCACACGAGCUCUCUGGUAGAGAACUUUCAGGCAGAGCCCACCAUUAGCCUGGAAGCAAAAGGGUUUGGCACCAGCCACCUGGGACCAAAUAAGAACUAAAUUGUGCUUGUCCAGAUAUAAACAAACAUGUAGUGAGUGUAGAGUUUACCAAUAACCAUAACAAAAUGCUAAGAAUUUCCUGGGAGUCAAAGUCAAACAAAAAAUUGUAGUGUUGUCUGGGGACGACAUGAUAUGCUACCUCCUUUUUCUGAAGUUUUAUUCCAUUAUAUUGACAAGAUGGAGAAAGCAAGAUCAGAAGGUGUGCAAAGGUUUCUUCUGGCAUGGACACACAUUUUUCUAUUUAUUUUUUAAACCAUUUCCCCCACUCUUUCUAUGCCUUUCUUGCUUUUUGUUUCUGUUGUGUUCGUGUUUGAGACACAACCAGUCAUUCGUGGCAGAGGCAUAUAGAAGUGGUCAGUUCAGAAAGGAGACUCUCUCAAGAGCUGUGUGCCUUCUACCCAGGGCCAUGGUCAGAGACCCUGUAGGGGGAAAAAAAGCAUCCUGGGAAAUCCAGCUAAAGGAGCCCUGCACAUAGAGGCAUCUUACGUUGAGGAUACUUCAAGUGUCCUCAGAAAUGGAUCCCCCACCCCUGCUGAAGCACAGUAGGAUAGUUGCCAAUAUUUGCACCAUCAUUACAUGCCCACGUUGCACAAGAGCUUCUGAGAGGGAAGGUGGCAUCAAAGCUAGAUGGUGUUUUACAACUAGGGGUUGUUUGUUCUUUGUUUCUUUGUUUUGCACUUUAAAAAAAAGAGAGAAUACAUGCAAGUGAACUUUUUUAAAACAUGUUCAUAUUUGAUGGCUGUAAGGGCUAUAAAUUAACUUGAAUGGGGGUAUUUUGCCCCAUCAUAUUAAAUUUAAAAACAAAACACAUCCCAGACACUGAUAGUAUGUAUUUUUUAUUUAAUUGGUGGGUUUAGGAAGUAAGCUUUUGUUUUGUUUGCAUGUCCAUUUGUUUGGUCUUUUGGUUUUUUUGGUGUUUGUCUUUUUUUUUCUUUCUUUUUUUAAUAAUUUCACAGUAGUGUUCAUCAAAAAUUAUGUUUCUUUGCUCGCUUCAUUUUUUUCCUCUGAUAAUUCAAAACUGGAACAAAAGUAUAAAUGUUAUUUAUUUCGGGCAGCAUUUUUUUUCCCUGUGUUGUUUUUAAAUAUAUGUAAAGUAAAUAUUCCCCCCCCCUUUUUUUCCAUUCUUUUUUUAUUCAUCUGGACCCUGGGAGUGAUUCUCAUUAAUUGUCAGAUUUCAUUAACCUUCCUUCCUCACAGAUAGUAGGUACCAAUGUAAUUAAGCAUUUGUGCUCUGAUACCUGAGGCAGGUUAUUAUCCAGUUCUUCUCAGAGCAUUUGGAAAGGUUGUUUUAAAUGGAUACCUAAGUCAAAACCCUAUUCAGAAAAAGACUGUAAUUACAAGUAGGAAGGAGUGGCCUAAAUGGUAAAAUAUGAUGAAGUCAGACAAAAUGCAGGCUUUAUAGUGUCAUGAUUUCAGUAUAUAAAAAUCUGUCCAUUUCUACCUGGACAAAUCCCGUGAAAAAGUGGAAGAUUUAAAAUAAUUUCCUUACAGAUGUUUUAUUUAAGCAGGUAGCACAAUCUACUAAUGUUGUUUGAUCUGUGUUUGUUAUAUUGGUUGUAAUUAAUUUUUUAAUUCAUGACUAGCAGAAAAUUUAUUAAAUUAACUAUUAACUACAUUCACCUUGUAAAUUACUGUAUAAAACUUGUUGACAAUGCACUGACUUUAGAAAGAUGUUAAUGUACAUAAAUAGAGUGUAAAUAAAAUAGUGUUGAUGUACUGAAAUAUGAACUGUAUAAAAAAGUAUUGGUAAUUGUAUAUGGAGUGUACCUGUUUAUCUGUAACUAUUAUCCAAACAAAUUAAAUACUGUGGAUGCAUCUA